AUGAAUCAAAAAGUUGUGAUUGAGGUGAAUAUGAAGAACAAUAAACAAAGGUCCAAGGCCUUGGGGAUAGCUCUUGUGAAAGAUGGUGUUAUCUCAGUGGCUUUGAAGGGGGAAAGAAAAAGUCAAAUUGAAGUAAUUGGAGAGGGAAUUGUUGAUGCAGCUGGCUUAGCUGAAACUUUAAGGAAGAAGGUUGGCUAUGCAGAAUUAGUGAGCGUGGAACAAGUCAAAUAAAUGUCAAAACUUGAAAAGAACAAAAGAAAAUAAAGAUGGAGGUGACACUAUCAGAUUGAUAUAUAAACAAUCUGAUCUUGGGCCUUUAAGCGUACAAUAUUACUUUAUGAUUCUUCCCAUUGUACUUUUUCAUCAGUUAUAAUUUCCAUUCAUAUAUUCCCUUGUAUUGUGUGCAGUAGUAAAUAUUAUGAAUUAAUUUAAUUAAUAAUGGAUCGUUAUAAAGAUCCAGGCCGGAAAGAAUUCAUUUUAGUAAUACUCA